AUGGCGACACCCAGCGCUUCUAGUGAUACUGCGUCCGAGAAGCUCCCAGCCGACCGGCUGGGACAUGCUUCGUGGCAAUCACCAGACAACACCCGACCCCCAAGUCUUGCCCAUGGACCUACCCUUCAUAAUUUCGCCACGAUAGACCCAACCCCCCAACCUCAUCGCUCUGGCCCUGAUCCUGCAUUCAGCUUUACGUCAAGUGCUGGCGCAGCCAUCUUAAAAGACUACGAAUCUGACUAUGUGGAUUCAUUGACAUCAAAGUCUGCAGAACAUGUGGUACUAUCAAUGCCCUACCACCGGAUGAACAUGGGACCGCGACCGAAAACGCGCAAACUCACCUCCAAGGAAGACGCCAACUACCAGUGCGAGGUCAAGGGGUGUGGAAAACAGUUCAGCAGGAGCUAUAAUUACAAGGCCCAUCUCGAGACACAUGAUGAGGAUCGGGAGUAUCCUUUCCUGUGCACAGUAGUCGAUUGCGAUCGGAAGUUCGUCCGCAAAACGGAUUUGACAAGACACCACCAAAACGUACACAUGAGGGAGAAGAACCACCGAUGUGAUUACUGUAACCGGUCGUUUGCAAGGAAAGACACCCUUAGAAGGCAUAUGGAAGACGGCUGCUCGAAAAGGUUUGACAUUGGCACUCUCGACGUCCGGUCGGAAGGCUACAACUCAGCAUCGCUUGGUCCGGGGCUUCCGGCGACUGAUAUCGUUGCUGCGUCUGAAGGGACGUGUAGACUGCCUGCAUUUCAGCCGUUCACGAAGAAUGAUGUGGUGAAUAGGAAGGAAGGCGAAGCUCCCAACUCUGCUAUGCCUAAAUAUCCGUUGGGUGAAAACAUAGCCCUAAGCUAUGAAUCUUUAACAUCACUGCCGACGCACAUGACAGCAACCCAAUGGGAGGACGAGGGUACUUUGUGCUACCAGGUCGAGGUCAGGGGCAUCGUCGUGGCAAGAAGAGAGGAUAACCGAAUGAUCAAUGGUACCACUUUGCUCAAGGUUGCCGGGGUGUCUGACGCCAGACGGGAUGUGAUGUUGGCCGAGGAGCCACGGCACGUUGUCGAAGAUGGACCAAUGCAUUUCAGAGGUGUCUGGAUUCCCCUUUGGAGAGCUCUGUUGUUUGCCACCCAAAACAACGUCACAGAUUUGCUGUCUCCCUUGUUUGCCCAGAACAUCGAGAUUCCCCCGGUCAAUCAAGCAAUUUCAGUAACGACAAAUCACAAUCCAGAGGAACGAAACCAAAACAAGGCAAAGUCACAAGGGGUCAAUGUCAAAGCUGUCGAUAAUGUUCAUUCUAUUACGGAAUCUGAUAUUGCUCAAUCUGGGCCGCACCACGCGCAUCCCUCAGCAGGUGCGGAGAACGAUAUUGACGUCGAUGAGAUAUACAGUUAUGUCGAUCCCGAUUUGAGACCACGUUUGCCUACUCGCGUAGACUCUACUCUUGGGGAAAGCUCAAGACUAUUCGAAUACAAUUUGGGCGAAGAAAAUCUGGAACAUACGACCGAUGUUUUCACCAAAGAGGCUUCAAAGGUCAAGGUCUCAAGAAAACCGAGGUUUGAAGAAGGAAGUCUCUCAUCCUUUGUUCAGAGAAAACGAGUGGCUGCCCUGUCCAAUAGCGCUUCGCCCUCUUGCACCGAUGAGUACAGUGACUAUCAAGACGUGCUUGUUGAGCCCUCGGAAGAGGAAGAUGGUAUUGCAACGACAGCUUUUGGUUUGUCACCAAGUCAGAGAUCUCCUCAAACCGAUAGUGAAAGUUCCUCAGAAAGCAGUUUUGGGCUUCUAACGAGAUAUGAGCGCAAAGAAUUUCUUCUAGACCGCUUGAUGAGCUACUUUUUCAAAUUGUUCGCGUCUUGCCGUUCUUCUGUUUCAAACACUGAGGCUGCCGCGGGCUCCGAUGGAGUAUGCUUCGCUGGAACAGGGGGGAUUUCCGGUAAUUCAAGAAAGAUCUCAAAUGAUGCUAAGGGGAAAAGCAAUGCCCAAGAUCGUGGUGCGGGAGGCGGUCAAAAGCGAAGUUUUGAGAAAGACGAUGAUAAUGAUGAUGAUGCUAAUGAGAGAGACAGAAAGAAACCUGGAAAGAUUACACGAGUAGAUGGAGUCAAAAGGACUACAGGCAGAAAGCUGGCAUGUCCCUACUUCAAAAAUAACCCUGAGCACCCACGGUUGGCUAGAUCAUGUUCUGGGCCAGGCUGGGACACUGUACAUCGCAUCAAAGAGCACCUCGACCGAAAUCAUGCCCUUCCUCCAAGCUGUGACCGCUGUUAUACAGCUUUCAAAACAGAUGCCGAUCGAACUGCACACCUGAGAUUGGAGACCCAGUGUCCGCUCAAAGAGCGGCCAAGUCGAAUGCAAGGAUUUGACGGCUUUCAGAAGGACCAGUUGAAAUCUCGCCCGAAAGGCUAUAAGCAGAAAAGCGAGAUUGAGAAGUGGCGCCAUAUUUACAAAAUCCUCUUUCCAGAGGCGGAAGAGGCAGACAUUCCCAGUGCCUUCUAUGACUACAAGAGUUUCAAAGAUUCAGGACAUCCUAUCGAUUUGAUGAACAAAUAUGAGGAUUUCCUGGGCCGUGAAAUGCCUGAUCGUGUCAGGCAUCAGUUGGAACUUCGAAUUGAACGUGCUUUGGAUCCGAUCGAGCAACAGCUUCAAAGUCAGAUUGUAGACAUUGCAUGCGAUAUCCAGAUGGAUUUAUUCAAGUCAUUCCUGACCUCCAUCGGUACCGACGUCACAAGUACUGAAUCAAGUCAGAGAGCUGAGGUUAUCAGAAACAGCAGUACCCCUGGGCAGACACGGCCUCCUACAUCGAAGCCCCUCGUUGCAGAAGAGCAAGUCUCAUGGAUUCAAGCACUGCCGAUUGGGGAGUUGCCGAUGAUGGAUAUUGAUGACGUGCCAUUCUGUUUUGCUUUUCCCCAGGAUUUUGAUGGUGUGCGCUUCGACUUGGGAUCAUUUGAAGACGAACUCCUAGCACAGGACUCGACUUCAGGAACGUCGUCCAUCUCUCUGGCAGAAGUUGACCAGGACCAAUUUCCCAGUUGUACAACCUCGACUGAUCAACAGGAGUCGGUCCAAUUAUGA